AUGGAAGGCCAUGCAUCGAGCAUUAAACGUAGAAUUGGCUCGGGCUCGAAUUCGAGACGAGAAUCUAGAAUAUUAUCCGGUGGAGGUUUUACGCCUGUUUCCGAUGAGGUAGUUUAUGCGUAUGCCUUACGAGUUGCCUACCUUGCCCAUUUGUCUCAGCCAGUACUAUCACCUACAGUGGCAUUCACCCCUAGCGACUCGCAAAACAAACGCUUUAGCACUGCCUCGCUCGGGUUAGGAGGAUUAAAUCAACACAAAGCUGCAGUGCACGAACUUGGUACGACAAUUUCUUCGGGAUUUUCACAACUACACGAACUAUUUAAAGAUGAUAAAAAGAGUUCAAAGAGUCUAAAAAUUCCUAAAGAACUGAUCAAGGCUUUGCAGGCGAGACUGCAACUGAUUGUUCACGGACGAGAUCACAAUCCUAUUUAUCAGGAUCCAUAUCUGCGUAAUGAUCUCUCGUUAUUUUAUAAUGCGUUGCAGAAACCAGGAUUUCGGCAGCAAUUCAAAAGUUCAAAUAGUAAAAUUGAAGAUUUGGUAUUAAUCUAUCUGAAAACGGCACAAGGCGAAUUGAAAAAAGCGACCUUGACACCGCCAACAACCUGGCAAGAUAAACUCACUGAGCAUGUUAGUAUUUUUGUGGGCAUAUUGAAGGAAUGUCUUCAAACGAAAGAAUGCGCUGGAACCUAUUCACCCGAAUUAAUCACACGACUUGAUGCAUAUCAAACAAGAUUUUCGGGGAGUCCUGCGGCUGCAAAUGUAGGUCCUAGUACAAAUGGAGUUAGCAGCAAUAUUGAAGAUAUGAAAAUGGUAAAAACUGUACAGGCGAUUUUCAAUGUUCCAAGUACUCAAGUACAAAAAGAUGUCAAUAAAAUCAUGCAUCAGUGCACAUUACCAGCGGCCGUAGAAGAUCUUCGAACAUGUAUAAAUCACGUAAACCGUGGUUCACCUUUCCCUGCACGUCGAGAAGAUUUUGAAUCAGAUGACGUGUACAAUAAUUGGAAAUCGCAGGAAUUAAAAACUAUGACUGACAUUAUGUCUGCGUUAAUAGCAUUUAAUCCUACUGUGCUAAAACAAUCGAAUGAAGUUGUAUCGACUCUUUUAUCUAAAAGCCGAGGAAUAACAUAUUCUGACGACACUGAAGUGUCAGUUGAUGCUUACAGGCAAUCUGAAAUUACAAAAACUCAGGAGCAACGCACUAGUAGUUCACGUCAUUCUAUAGCUCAGAGCACCUUUAAUCAACAACCUCAUGUGACACAACAAGGACAGCAGCCUGCUACAUCACAAGGACAAGGACAGCCUCCACAACGUCAUUCUGUAGCUCAGAGCACCUUUAAUCAACAACCACCUUUUAUACAGCCUAUUCUACAACCUGAUUCAUCUCAAGGACAAUAUGCGUUACCUUCACAGUCAUCUCAUCAUGGUCAAUAUAAUCAGACCCCUCCUUAUCCACCAGCUCAACAGACACAACCUCCUUAUCCACCAGCUCAACAAUCACAACCGCCUUAUCCACCAGCUCAACAAACACAAACUCCUUAUCCACCAGCUCAACAAUCACAAUAUGGAAUCUCUUCUGGUCAAUUCACAAAUGCACAACAAUAUCCAUCUCCUCAACUAUCUGCAGCUGGAAAUUAUCCAUCCCCUCAACUAUCCGCAGUUGGAAAUUAUUCAUCCCCUAAUAUAAAUUACCCACCACCACCUAAUUAUACAGGGGCAUCGUACCAACAAUAUUCUGUGCCAGGACAAUCUUCGCAGCAUCAACAACCAACACAACCUGGAUUUUAUCCUCCCCCUAAUUUUAAUUAUCCGCCGCCACAACCAUAUCCACCACCUGCCCCUAACUUAUAUUCAUCAUCGUCAGUUAAUUUUGUGUCUCAAUCACAGAACAGUCAAUAUCCUGUACCUGGUAAAACCUCGUCACCAAGUCAAAGUCCACUACAGACCGCUCAACAACUACAACAAACAGCAACAGGUUCAUAUUCGCCGGGUCAGUAUCCAUCACCAUCUCUGCCUCAAACUUCUCCCAGACAAAGUGUAGUUCAACCGAUCCAAACAAAUCAAUAUCCUCCUACAUCCGGUCAAUAUCCGCAUUCAUCACCAGCUCUGCCUCCCAGAACAAGUGUAGUUCAACCGACACAAACAAACCAAUAUCCGCCUACAUCCGAUCAAUAUCAAACUUCUCCCAGACAAAGUGUAGUUCAACCGACACAAACAAACCAAUAUCCGCAUUCACCACCAGCUCUGCCUCCCAGAACAAGUGUAGUUCAACCGACACAAACAAACCAAUAUCUGCCUACAUCCGAUCAAUAUCAAACUUCUCCCAGACAAAGUGUAGUUCAACCGACACAAACAAACCAAUAUCCGCAUUCACCACCAGCUCUGCCUCCCAGAACAAGUGUAGUUCAACCGACACAAACAAACCAAUAUCUGCCUACAUCCGAUCAAUAUCAAACUUCACCCGGACGAAGUGUAGCUCAACCGACACAAACAAACCAAUAUCCACCUACAUCCGGUCAAUAUCAAAAUUCUCCCAAACAAAGUGUAGCUCAACCGACACAAACAAACCAACAUCCGCCUACAUCCGGUCAAUAUCAAACUUCUCCCAGACAAAGUGUAAUUCAACCGAUACAAACAAAUCAAUAUCCGCAGUAUUCGCAAUCUUCUCAACAUCAAAUUCCACCUGCUUCAAAUCAAUCUGGACAAUGUCCAUCCGGCCAGGAUCCACCUGUUCAAAAUUUACCGAAUCAAGCAAAAUCUUUCCCAAAAGGAGAUAUACCAAUGACACCAGUCUCCCCAGCAACUCCAUCGGGCUCUAUUUGGUCUAAUUUAGAGAAAUCUUCGGAGACUAGUAAUGCCUAUGGCGCGUUCACUUAUAUUCCGCCAAAUCCUAGAGCCUACUAUAAAGUGCUUUUGAACAAAUGCCUAGACUAUGAAUUAAAUAAUCGUGCAAAAGAUGAUUUCUCGUUGAAAAUUUUAACGAAAAAUACAAACGAUUUAUUAAACGAUUGUGUUUUGCGUUGGAGAGUUCCAAAUGGAUAUCGUGCUUUGCUUUAUGUUGAUGCUCUUAGAGUUAGAUAUGACGAUAAUCAUAAACUAAUAACCUUGGAGCAUAUCAGAGAAGGAAUGCAUCUAUUGAAAGAAGCUGUUAAAAAACGAGAUAUAUCAAUAUGGACACUAAGUGAUCGAGAAGAGCUUGUCGGAGUUUAUGAAGGAGUUCAUUCCUCUCUACUACGAUUUCUUUGGGAAGCCCUUCAACAUCUUUAUAAGAUUAAAACUUCUUCUUUUGAUCCAGUAUUAUUUUUGCUUAGUGAUAUUUACGAAAGCGAACUAUUCCGUCAGGCUUAUCCUGACAUAUCACCAAGUUAUGAAAAUAUACGAGAGGGAGUCCGGAAAGUAGCCGUGACUGAAUUUCAAAAGAAACAAGAAGAAUUAGCCUCUAAACAAGAAGACAACGAAUUGGUUGUUUUGAUAGAGUUGACGCAAUUUAUUCAAGAUCAAAUCGUGAAAUUGAGCAAAAAGUAUCCAACACCGCUGAUGGGGCAAGUUAACAUUUUAGGAUUAGUCCUUGAGAAACAAGUUCCAUUAUUCACACUGGAUAUGGAGAAUUUAGCAGCUGAUAUUUUAAAUCGGGUUAAAGCCGGAGGAGACGAGAGUGGAAUCUCGGUUACAGAUAUUUUUGAGCUAUACCGCGAAGUCUUAAGUAUUAAAGGAUUAUAUGAAAUUCAUUGUUCGGGAACAAAAUUCAAUUUCAGUAUUGAAGAAUGGUUCCGCCCUCACGUGCUAAAAUGGCUAGAAAUGACGGAUAACAGGACACCGGAAUGGGUGCAUUCAGCUAUUAGCGUUGACGAGUUUAAACCUAUUAGCUCUACAGAUCGACAUUCUUCUUCUGUAGUGGAUCUAUUUACCUCGUUCAAUCAGACGAUCGAAUUCUUGAAGCGAUUAAACUGGCCUAAUGAAUACCAGUUUGCCCGAUUUAUGACUAGUUUAUCGAGAACAAUAAGCAAAGCAUUGGAUCAAUAUUGCGUCAAAAUGGAAGCUUUGUUUCGUUCUGAUAUGUUCCCGGAGGAGGAACAUGCUCAGGAAACUCAAAAACAAUCUGCCUGGUAUGUUCGAGCAAAGACAGCGAUUGCUAGCGAUGAAAAAAUCAUUCCUUUUGAUUUCAAACCAGAGUUAUGUAUCAAAUUAAAUAAUCUCGAAGCUGGUCGUGACCAAUUAGAUAAACUUUACUACUCGAUCGAUGUAGAUUAUUUAUCCGAAGUGAUACGUGAUGCAGGACCCGCAGUUCCCGAAAAAGUAGAAAAAAAUCGAUACCUCUUCACUAUCAAGAUUGUGCUCGCCGAAAAUAUCGCUGCGCUAGAUGCAAAUGGCUACAGUGAUCCAUAUUGUGUUUUGUCUGAUGAAGUCGGAAAAUCGUUGGCUAAAACACGUGUUAUUUAUGAGACGCUCAAUCCUCGAUGGGACGAAGCAUUCGAUAUCACGAUCGAGACUAGCGAGCAAAUGCGAUGGGUUGCAGCGACAGUAUGGGACAGAGAUCAAGUUGGCUCUGAUGAUGUUUGUGGACGAGCUUAUUUCAGACUUGAUCCGCAAUACUUUAAUGAUUAUUUGGCGCACGAUGUGUGGCUUGAUUUGGAGAAACAAGGUCGCUUGUUGUUACGUAUUAGUAUGGAAGGGGAAAGGGAUGAUAUUCAAUUUUAUUUCGGAAAAGCUUUCCGUACGCUUAAACGUACUCAGAGUGAUAUGGCUCGAAGUAUAGUUGACAGGAUGUCACCAUUUUUACGACAAUGCUUAUCAAAGGACAUCAUAAACAAGUUGACGAAAUCUUCGGGUGGUUUAAGUGGAUUUUUCAGUGAUAAGAAAAGAGAACCUUUAACAGAUGUAGUAGUUGAGGAAGCCAUAUAUCCUCUCUUCGAUUAUUUCGACACAAAUCUGCAAACAUUACACGCUAAUUUGAACGAAACUGUAGUCAACAUGGUAAUCACCAAAGUGUGGAAAGAAAUCGAGAUGACUCUGGAAGAACUAUUGGUACCCCCGUUAUCCGAUCGUACUUCAGAUAUGAAGCCUUUGAAUGAUAUGGAAAUCGAUGUUGUAUAUAAAUGGCUUAAGUUCAUGAAACAAUAUCUGCAAGGUGAUAAUGACGGCGGAGUACCAAAAGACUUGCUCGAAAACCAAAAAUAUCACGAACUAAUGGCAAUCCGAUACUUUUACGACUGGGAUACCGAGCAACUCAUGCAAGAAUAUCUAAGCGUCGUAAUUCAAACCUCAUUAACCCCGUCAAACAAAAAUUCCGCGCAAAAUAAAUCUGUAAUGAAUCAACGAAGUCUCGGCACCAUAAAGAAGCGCAAGACUGAGAAGCGUAAGCAACCCCACUUGCAAGCUAACGGUGAGAUUAUUUUGCGUAUUUUACGUAUGCGAUCUGGUACCAAAUCUUUCUUGAAACAGCAAUUCGAAGAACGUGUUAAGCGGUCGCAAUCUGCUGGCCCUUCGGCAUCGACUACUGAUGAGGGAACGGUCAAGCAGGAUGGUGGUCAGCAACAGGAUUCGUGA